AAAAACCAGAGCCGUUCGGUCUUAAUCAAUCAACCAGUUUGCUAGUUGCUUUUUUUACGUUUCGAUUCCACGCGAUGCUCUUGUCUGAUGAGCGUAGUGGUAAUGGUACAUUAUGGGAACUAUAAUUCGAAUUACCGGCGACGGAGUGUUUAUCGAAAGCAGUCCUAAGGACAAUUCAAUGGAAAACGGUUCUCGUUACUUGUUUAACGAAAAGAUGUGUAAUCUACCGAAUAAUGUCGAUCGAGUCAAUGAUGCAGACCAAAUUCUGCACCAUACAAUUACGUAUGACUGCAGUGACAUUUCUGGGCAUCAAAUGACACGUACGAAAUCGUCUUAUUUGAAUUCCAGAGAUGUCACAGUAACAAACUCCCUUCCAGUGAAUAGAGUACAUCACCAAACCCUUCCUUCACGACGCUAUUCCACCGGUUCAAUCAAAGUUAUGAAUAGUCACGUUUCGCCAUUAAACCUUCAAUCGCCCGGUCAAACUGUUGUCGUUAGUCACCAUCGCGGUUUUUCGCAACCAUCAUCGGCGAACGCCGGCGAUCCGUGGUUUUUGCAGAGCUCCCACCAGAUGGCACCAACGGCACCAGCACGACAACAUAAAAGACCAGCACCGCAACCGGGAUCUGUUCCGCAGCUGCAGCAGCAACAACAGCAGCAGCAGCAACAACCAGUUCAUCAUUUACCAUCAAUCCAACAAUCACAAUUGCCAUCGCAUCCAGUAAAUACAAACAUCAAUCCAUUACAUUCAUCCACACAUGCGCUGAACAGUGCAAUGCAAAUUUCAGUGAAUGCCAGCCAUUCACCAAAAUCGCCUAAUCAACCCAUCCACAUACUUCCAACAGCAACGACGUCUUCAACAACAACUGAUUCCGCAGCCAAUCUUAUGUCCACCUCAUUGAACAGCUCGCAGAUCAGGAGCCAUAUCAACACAAACGGAGGCAGUGGGCCAGUGUGUGGCUCAACGGCAGGCCUAAGUGUUUUAUCUGCAUCCAUUCAUCCGACGUCGCAAAUGUCAACAUCGUUGCAUGGUGGUAAUUGUGUAGCGUUCGACAGUAACGGAUCGUCGUGGAACAGUACAACAUCCUUAUCACCCACGAUACCAGUGCCACACAAUCAACGAAAAUGUGAAGUGAAAUUGAAUGCAAUGCCCUGGUUUCAUGGCAGCAUAACGAGGGAUGAAGCUGAACAUUUGCUGCAACCGCGCGAAGAUGGCUUAUUUCUAGUGAGAGAAUCGACAAAUUUUCCUGGCGAUUACACGUUAUGCGUGUGCUUUCAAGGCAAAGUCGAACAUUAUCGAGUGAAAUAUUUAGAUAACAAAUUGACAAUUGACGACGAGGAAUACUUUGAGAAUUUAGGACAAUUAGUAGCGCAUUACGAAAAGGACGCUGACGGCCUAUGUACCCAGUUGAUAAAAUGCUUGCAUAAAAAGGGCAAACAGGAGUACUGCAUAAAUUCGAAAGAUUUCCUCGACAAGGGCUGGGUCAUUCCGGAAAAUGAUUUACAAUUGCGCGAGAGCAUAGGAAAGGGUGAAUUUGGUGACGUUAUGUUGGGCAUAUUGCGCAAUGAAAAGGUGGCCGUUAAAAUGCUAAAAGACGAUGGUGCGGCGCAAAAGUUUCUGGCCGAAGCGUCUGUGAUGACAACACUCGAACAUGAGAAUCUCGUUAGGUUUAUUGGACUAGUAUUAAAUAGCAAACAUAUUUAUUUGGUGACGGAGUACAUGAGUAAAGGCUCUCUGGUGGACUAUUUGCGGUCGCGCGGUCGACAACACAUAACCAAAAAGGAUCAGAUCAAUUUCGCUUUUGAUACGUGUUCGGGAAUGGAAUAUUUAGAAUGUAAAAAGGUCGUACAUCGCGACUUAGCGGCACGUAAUGUACUUAUAUCCGAGGACUGUGUGGCCAAGGUAUCGGAUUUUGGUUUGGCUCGCGAAGAGUGUUACAAUUUGGAUGUGGGAAAACUGCCAAUUAAAUGGACGGCACCGGAGGCACUGAAAGGAAGUAAAUUUUCCAAUAAAUCGGACAUUUGGAGCUUUGGAAUUUUGCUGUGGGAAAUAUACUCGUUUGGCCGAGUACCAUACCCGAGGAUUCCAUUAAAUGAUGUGGUCAAACAUGUUGAGCUCGGUUACAAAAUGGAAGCACCCGAUGGAUGUCCAACCGAAAUAUACGAUAUGAUGCAGAAAACAUGGGAUUUGACUGCACAAAGACGUCCAACAUUUCAGGAAUUAAAAGUGAAAUUAUUACAAUUGAAACUUUCAACAACUUGAAAAAAUUAAUUUAGGAUAAAAGUGAAAAGUGAAGUAGUAGAAGAAGAUGAAUAAGGAUGAAUGAACGAAGAGAAUCGGGAUGGAAAAGAUUUAAAUAAACAAUCAACAGAAUCGGUUUAUUUUCAGUUCAAUGAAAUAAAACUUAAAAUUCAAAAUGGAAAAGAAAGGGAAACACACACACAUCCACACAAGUUUUUUUUUAACCUAAAGUAAACGUCGUCGUCUUAAUUAUUAUUUAUUUAAAGAAAAAAAAAUUAUUUUUGUGUUAAAUGUUACUAAGUAUACAAACAAAUUUAUAUAAAAGAUGAGAGAGAGAAAAAUAUAGAAAAAGAGAUAGGGAGUGAGAGAAAAAUGUCGGUGAUGCUCAUUGGACACGAUUUUUUUUAAUUAAAAAUUUAAAAAAAGAACAAGAAAAAAA